CUCGAGUUGCAUCUCUGAUACAAAGUAUCGAUAUGGCUAUGGUAUGCAAAUCUUGCCUCUACAUCUGGAGUUGUGGUUUAUGGACCUCUGAAUUCGGUCAUCAUAAAGAAUCAGUGGAUGCACUUGUAGUAUUUUUGCGGCAUCAUUCUGGUCACGAGAAGUCUAUUGGUCUGAUGGAUAUGCUUGUGCUCUCUGGCUCAUCACUUAGUGUAGAUGCGGAAGCUCACAAGUGUUCACACUGGUGUUUUCGGUGGCGUGUUCCGACCGUUCCUACUCCUGUGCACAAUGACGGAUCGCCCGAUGCGGGUUUAUUCUUGCCACGAUGCAGAUGUACGAGAUGGGUGUUGAUUUGA